UUUAACUUCAUAUUUGCAUCCUUGACGUGUAUAUAUAAACACGUGGACUUAAAUGAAUAUAUACCUGCCAACAGAAAUCAUCCAACACUGCCACAGACUGAAAAAGUUUGCCUCACGGAAUCCUGAGACAGUAUAUAACGACUCGCUGUAAUUAACAAUGCUCCUAUUCGUCGCUGGUUUGAUCACCAUGGUGUGUCUCCCCCUGUCCGUUCUCGGCGCUUCCGAUGAUAGAGAUGCUCUUAUAUACAAAGUGGAAAUCUUCCUUCCCCCCAAAGAGGGAAGAGACGAGACUGCGGACAUACAGCAGAUUAAGGAGACGGUGGAACGUCUAAAUGACAUUGAUGUUCUCUUUUCAUUUAAGGAACUCGGGAAUCCAAGGAUUAUUCUUAUUCUUGACGUUGAGAAAGCAUGCAGUUGGCCUCAACUGACAGGCUUUCUGUCAAGCCAGGGAUAUGAGUUCAGCGUCACAUCCCUCUACGACUGCAGUGACUUCGCCAAGGAGCUUGGUCUCAACCUGCCCAACGACAUGUGGGCAUCAUCGUUCGGGAAUGAUGACCUAAUCAUGGACAAGGAGAUAUUCCCCGUGAAAGACUUGUCAACACUUGAGUACAAUGAAAAGCUGAAGUGGAUAUUCGAGGAAGAUUUAGCCCUUCAUAAAAACGGUCAGCCAGCGGUAUGUUUCAAAACUCUCGCAGAGUUUCCGGUUGAGCUGGUGUACUUCGCCCCGGUGAAACAAAGCAAGUCAGAAGCAAUUGUAGACGCAUUGCAUGGACCUAAUAACUUUCACAAUGAAGUCACACGCAUAGAAAACCUUGAUUAUUACACAGGAGUGUGCCAAGGAGACUAAAGUGAUGUGAAAACUGUAACUGAACAGAUGUUUUAAACACUGUUUAGAACACAUGCCUACGAUGAAGAUGCGCAACUAACGCAUUGUAUUUUACUGAAUAAAAAUGUUCAUGUCAUCUGUGUCAGGAUGAUGCAUCAAAUUUGGACAAGCAUUCAAAUAACAAA